GCGGUUGGCGUUUGGCGUUCUCGCAGUUCUUGGUCAGUCGCCAGCGAGUCGAGAUAGUCGUAGCAUGUGCUCACCAGUCCGCAAGUCGAGCCGCACGCACGUAGCCGUCGAGGAGGAGGAGCAUCAGCAGCAGCGACAUCACGCUUACAACCUCGCCACUUACGGUUAUCGUUAGGCUCGAGGAUCCUCUUCGUCGCUUCGCUUUUCUCUCGUCUCCUGCCUCUCUCUCUCUCUCUCUCUCUCUUAUUCGUCUCCGACAGAAAGAGAGAAAGAGAGUUCGUCGCCCCCUACAGUGUGCUUCGCUCUUUUAUACACACGGUGGAUUUAGAAUGAGCAGAAGAUAGUUCCGUGGAGGAUAAUUGGAAGAUUGGAAAAUUCGAGUGCGUGUAUUCCUUGUAUACGAAGAAACGAAGAUGAGCUGCACGAGCAGACCGGUGCCGCCGACCAAGACGGAGACUCUUCUGAGCAAGUGCGAAAUUCCGAUCAUCGACCUCGCGCACGUGGGUACGGAGAGAUGCCCGCAGAAGGGAGUGGUGAAGCAGGUAGCGAGCAAGCUGGUUCAGGCGCUCUCCGAAAAGGGACUCGCCCUCCUGGUGAACCACGGCAUUCCUGAUUGCAAGCUCAAGGCGGUGUACAGAGCCAUGGACGAGUUCUGCGAACUGCCGGAGGAAAGUCGCAACAAAUACGAGCGCGUUUCACCCUCGAAUCACGGCUACGUCAAGCCGGGAAUGGAAAGGAUGAACGAAAACGAGACGGAGGUACGUCACUCGUUCAACGUGCUGGGCAGUUGCGACUCGAUGCCUGAUAAAGAGGUGCCCGGAUUCAGCACCGCCGUAGCCGACCUCUCGCGGGAUCUCAAACAAUUGACCACGAUGCUUCUCACCGCCCUGGCCGUGGGGUUGGAGCAGCCCCCGGAUUUCCUGCUGUCGAAACACGCCAAGCUACUGGAACAGGGCAACGAGUCGACUCUGAGACUCCUCUAUUAUCCGCCUCUCGGCGCCCCCGAGCCUGGAUUCACGCGCUGCGGAUCGCACUACGAUUACGGCACUUUCACUCUCUUGGCUCAGGACUGCGAGGGCGGCUUGGAAGUCCAAACUCCUCAUGGCGAACGCUGGGCACGUGUGGGCCACCUACCUGGAGCAAUCCUCGUGAAUAGCGGCGAGAUCCUGAACUGCUGGACAAAUGGUGCUCUUCCAGCCCUGAAGCAUCGGGUGGUCGUUCCGGAGCACUGCGGUCGUGGCCGGCAUUCGAUCGCCUUCUUCGUUCACCCCGAUGACGACAUAGAGGUAGAGCCCUUCGAUGCGAAGCUCGUCAAGGCCCAGGAACCAGCGCCCUGUCGCCUCCAGAAGAAGAAGAAGGGCGUCCUUACGGCGUACCAACACCUGCAGCGCCGUUUUCGCGAGACUUACGCCUCUUAACGUCGACUCUGGGCUUGCCGGUGACACGCGAGUGCCAGUGUCACGUCGGUGGGCAUCCCGGACGAUAUUAUACACAGGCGCGCGUUUCCUCCUUCUCCUGGAAUAUAGUCGUCUGUUAUUAAUUUCUUCUCUUUUUUCCCAAGUUUGACGUUUCGCGCGGCGUUUGUCUUGCUGGCGACUGAGUGACGACGAACGGACGUUUUGUUAGAGGAUAUCCAGUUGCUAUCGACUAUAUCUCGCGGGCAGAAAUGCGUCGUUCUAUGCAUAGGAAUUCUUCGAUGGAAGGCUAAGAUCUCGCUUCGAAUGCGGGACGCUGCUGAAUAUUUACGAAAAGUUUAUUCGGCAAAGAAUGGGUAGUCGUAUUAAAAAUCAAAAUGUUCAUUCGUAAAUUCGCAAUUUGGACCGACGAAUUUGACGGCCAACUUUACAGGCAACGCAUUUGUAAUGAAUUAGGUCUGCUGUUGUACACAUCCGAAUUUUUCUUCAUUUUAUCUUCUAAGUAACACGCCACGGUUUCCCGUAGCAUAAAUACGCGAGUUUUAAAUUGGCCCCAUUUUUGAUGAAGCUUCAAAAAUGUUCAGAGACUGAAACUUGUACUUUCGUCGAUUUUUUUAGAUUUUAAUCUUGUGCUAUUUUAUUAAAAGCGUUUUUACUAGUAAGAAUUACAAUCUUGUAUAAAAAAGAUGUAUUGUGUACUGUAAAUGGUAGAUUCGUAAUAAAUAAUUUGUGUGAUGCGAUAAAAAAUUUGCUCAACAAAGUAUUAGAGUUAUGCCAUUUUUAAACUUCUAAUCAUGUGUUUAUAAUGCUAUGUUGUAAGUAAUCUAAAUUAAGUUUUUACGGACAAUAUGGUAUAAGUAUACCGUAACUUUUAAAAAAUUUGGCGGAUGUAUUCUCGUCAUCGAAAUGAAGGAAGCACAAAAGUUUGCAGUUUGCGCGCAAGGUUCGAGCAACAGUAUCCUGAUUAUCAAACGAGGAAAAUGAGAAAGUAAGAAACACAAAAUGCAGACAAUACGUUAGAAUACUAUGGACUGAAUAGCAUAAUUUUACUUACUGAGGUUCUUCCAUUUGAUAUUAAUAUGACCGCUCUUUAUACACGCAACACAUAUGGGCCUCUAGCGAAAAUUGUUUGUGUGCGUCGAACCGCAAAAAUUAACGUUUGACGACAAUGACAGACCGAGUGUGUGCGAGAAAGCAGCUGCGGAGUCUCAAGCAAUAAUAAAUAAAUUUGUACUUAAUCAUACACUGCGUCUUUUUUCACCCGUUCCUGGGCAUUGCGUAAAAUAUAGUGAUAAUUGAAAAGUUUAUUGACCAGGAAUAGUACGCAUAUACGUAGAUGUAAUAGUUUGAUUUUUUUAUUGUGAUAAGUGAAACUGCCAAAAAUUGCAUUUGGCUAUAUUUAAUAUUGCAAAUUUAAAGGCUCAUAUCGAUAUAAAACACUGGAAUAAACAGUGAAGAAGGAGAUGUCUGUUUUACCUACAGUCAAACAUGCAUGAAGUUGAUGUAUGCGUGGUACAUUUCAACUGAGACAGCUAUCUGCUGAUAAUAAGUAUACGAACGAAGAAUCACAGCUAUAAUAAUUUGUUAAUAUAAAUAAAUACAAGUAGCAAUAUAUGCAUGUUUAGCGUGUAUGUCGUAAAAAUUGAA